UAGCUUACUAUUUGAUUCCUUGUUUCUUUGCAGCAGUUGGCUUGUAUCUCAGCGAACAUUUCGUCCUUGGAAAUCAUGCUAACCAUGACGAACAUGUUCACUUGAAUGACAGGAAGAUCAAACAAGGCGAUCCAAUCACUUCAGGAAAAAGGGAGCAAAUUCAAGCAUCUAUAAUACCAAAGAUAGGCCCUCAACGACACGACACCAGAAGCCAUCCAAUCAGUUCUAGGCGUCCUGAAGCGGAAGUAAGAAUAUUAGUUCCGGGAAGCCGCAUUCUUUCUCCUCCUGACACAGACCAGUUGUUUCGUGCGUCUUCAAUCCUAAUGGAUUUCGAUGAAGAUACCAGGCAGUACUUUCUGCCAAAAGAUCAUGCGAUCCAUGAAGAUGGAAGACAACAUCGUAUACGACAUGGUUCUCACAGAUAUGCAUCAUCAACGAAACCUCCGGAUAUUUUCCAUGCUGCGAACGAUGCUCCUCUGGAUGAGCAUUCAAGUACGACCACACCAGAGACACUGGCGAAACCGUCUCAUAUUUUGGCGAAAUCUUUAGAUUAUCCCCAUCAUAGCAGAGUUGCAUUACCUCGUCGAAAGAUUGACGGUCUCGGUAAUCUACGUCCGAUAAAUGAUAGCAUUUGGAUAUCUUUUCACUCUCCAGAGAAGAUCUUCAUACCGGUGAGAUACAAUGAUGAGCGGUCCAUCUCGGCGACUCCCGCCAAGAGAGGCUGCGUGCAGUGCUCAGCUAAUCUCACUCUGACAGCGGCUCGAAGUGAAAGUACUGUUGAAGUUCCGGUUCCGGUUAUUUCCAUCUGCGCUCGAUUAGCGCGCCGACGAGGAAGAAUGAAUAUUGCUGUAUCGUCAGGACCUCGUCCAGGUGUGCGAGUGUUAGAAGGAGAGUAUCCGGUGCAGGUCAUAGCCUGGAAGAAAGGCGGAAACGUGUAUUCUUGCAAGUACACGCUGAGCGUAACAGUUAAAAAAUGCAGUAAUGUUCCUGCUCUGGAAGGAGGGUCGGUGGAGUGUUCUAACGGCACCAUCUGGGGAAGCAAAUGCCAUUUCUCAUGCUCUUCGGAUUAUGUAUUGCAAGGACAACGUACAAUCGAAUGUGAAGGAAAUUCGGACAAAGUUGCUUGGUCUUCUGCCUUUCCCGUUUGCAGAAAACAUCUAGCAAAGGAUGUGUUCAACGUGAGGAAACUGCCUUGCAUGAAACCACCUUUGCCAGAGCAUGGAACGGUGGUAUGCAAUGCUAAUGGCAAAGAAAUCUAUCCCGAUGGUAGUGUCUGUCAAUUUUUCUGUUACCCUGGCUUCCUUAUAGAUCAACUAUCCACUACUAAUGUUCUUAUAGUGUGCAAGAAUAGUCGAUGGACACCCAGUGCAAGUGUUCAGUGUGUUGCUGCCUAUUGCCCCGAGCCCAAAGCUCCCAAAGAUGGAUCGAUGCGUUGUAGCCACCCGGACGAACAAGAGACCAAAAAUGUUGCUUUCAAGUCGAAGUACAGGAACGGCACAACUUGUUCGACUCGCUGCGAUAUCGGCUACGUUAUACCCACGUCCCAGCUGCCAAGAAGUAACAUAGUCUGCCAUGCACCCACGUGGAACGACUCAUCCAUACCAGAGUGUAGGCGUGCCAUGCCUCCGGAACAAGUGUCUGGCUGUCACAACCUGACCGUUGCUGUAGGCGUCGGUCAAACCUUUCAAGUCGAAGUUCAUCGACUUCCAAGCUUUGUGUCUGAGAAAGGCGAUCUACUAAUCCCCAAUUGUGAGCUGCAGGGAAAGAAGCUACCGAAAGGCGUGCAUCGCAAUUUCUGCGAAGCCACGGAUAAGGAAUUAAGAGUUACUACUGUUUGCAGUUAUUAUAUUGAGGUGGAAGAAAGAAGAGCACCAAGACCGUAUUUGAGAGACUGUAAAAACAGAACUUUGAUUGCAACACGAAGAGGAACUGUAAAAUUGAAGUCCCCACGAUUUGUUGUCACAAGAAGUAAGAAUUCAGCUAAAACUUUUCUUCAUGCAAAUUGUACAUACAGCGGCGAGAUAGUUCCUGGAACUUACAUCAACCUCUGCUCAGCUUAUGAUGAAGCCACUAAUAGCACUGGUUCAUGCUCAUAUUCAGUAACUGUGAAAGAAAGAUCUUGUCAACCAUUACCUGUGAUUCCUCACGCUUCACUUGACUGUGAUCUUCAACUGAACGGAUUAUAUUCUCCACGCACAACAUGUAAAUAUGUUUGUGAAGAAGGCUUUACUAUCCCUAAGAGCCAAAGAAGGAGGCGUGUCAGGCGGUGUACCUCAAAACUCGUUUGGAAGCCAAUUAUGGAACCAUCUUGCAAAAGAGUCAUACCUCCUCACCCAGUAAGGGAUGCAUGCCUACCCCAAACAUUCAUCUUAAAGAACAAUAGAACAUUUGUGAAUUUGAAACCUCCAAAAUUCAAGUCAUCAUUGAAAGGGAGUAAGGCGAAAGUACAAUGUUCAUUAAAUAAAACAUUGCCAGCUGGAAAUUACAUCAAUGUAUGUGAUGCCUUUGAUACGGAGCUCGAGAUCUCUGCUUCUUGCAAAUACAAUGUGACAGUCAAAAACGCAGAAUGUCCGCCAUUAGAGCCCAUUUUGCUUGGUUCUAUCAAGUGUGAUAGUGAGACAGAUAGUGUUCCUAAAGUUGGAGCCUUGUGCAAUUAUGAAUGUGAUGAAGGUUAUGUCAUUCCAACAAGUUUACUUUCGUACGCCACAAAACUAUGUACUUACUACGGAAGCUGGAACAGUACAGUAUCUCCUAUUUGUAUUCCUCAUAUACCUCCAGUUCCAAAAGAAGGUUCCUGUCUAAAUGGUGUUGUAAGUGUGGAAGACCUGAGCAGAUUUAAUGUGCCUCAGCCAGAAUUUGUAUCUUCAAAUGGGGUUGAUCUAGACAUUGAAUGUGAUCCUUCAAAUAUUACCAGUUAUGGAGUAUAUAAUAUUACAUGCAUUGCUUUGAAUCCACAAUCGAGAGCCUCUUCUUCCUGUAUUUUUCAGCUUGAUGUACAAAAUCCAAAUGAAGAGACUGAGUUGGAUAGAGAAGAAAUAGGUUGUGUGGAACUCGGAAUAGUCGAAAAUGGAAUUGUCCACUGCAAUUCAACUGAAUCUAAAAUUCUACCUUUCAAAACAUUAUGUGAGAUAUCUUGUGACGAAGGAUAUGUUAUACCUGCAAGUCAAACACACUUAACACCUGCAAUUUGUGAAGAGAAUGCUGAAUGGAAUGUUUCAAAUGUUCCUCACUGUGUUAAAGCAACAGGUUGUGUGGAACUGGGGAUUGUUCAGAAUGGAAUAGUCCACUGCAAUUCUACUGAACCUAAAAUUCUGCCCCUUAAAACAUUAUGUGAAAUAUCCUGUGAUGAAGGAUACGUUAUACCUGCAAGUCAUAGGUACUUAACACCUGCAAUUUGUGAAGAGGAUGCUGAAUGGAAUGUUUCAAAUAUUCCUCAUUGUGUUAAAGCUGAAUCACCCAUCUUGUACUCGGGAUGUAAAGACCAAGUUAUUCAGCUAACACAGCUGUCCGCUGUGGACUUUCAUUUACCGGAAUAUAAUACUGUCAGAGGAACACCAACCAACAUGGCAUGCGCACCAGAAAAAUUAACUUCUUAUGGAUUACAUAAAGUCUCAUGCACUGCGAAAGAUGACGAACUUGAAACCUAUGCAUCAUGUUCUUUCGGUGUCACUGUUCUAAAAAACAAUGAGGAGGACAUAAUUAGUACAACUAAUAUUCCCGAUGAUGUUACUACUACUCAAAUAACCACGACUGAAAAAUUUUUGGCCUGUAAAUCUUUAAAACUGCCAUACAGAGGCAUUUUAAAUUGUUCAAAUCAUGAUGGACCCGAACGUUGUACAGUAGGCUGCGAAAAUGGUUAUGGCUUUUCUUCAUCUUACCGUGCACUGGGAGGAGGAUUGAUUGAAUGCGAUGGAACCGAUGGACUGUGGGAUUUUGAGAGAAUAUAUCACACAACUCAACUUCCAGAAUGCCUUGGUCAUCUUCCUAACACAUCUAUCAAAGUAACACUGAGCUUUAGAGCUUCUGUUGAAGAAUGUUCCAGUGACAGAGAAAUCCACUACCACCAGACAGUUAAGCACUUGCUUUUGAAUUUGAACAGAGAAAUGUGCAGUUUAGUUGAUUGUGAAAGUUCCAUUCAAGUUAACUGUUCACAAACCUAUACGGGAAACAGAUUUAUUCUAAAUACCAUUUGGACGCUUCUGGCUGUGUUUCAUCCGGAGGAUUAUGAGGAUUCACUUGAAGUGCCAGAUGCAGAAUUGCAGUUAGAAGCCAUUCUUGAAACUACGCGUAAAGCAAUCAGAAAAGAUGAAGUGUUCAGACAAAAUCUCUCGCAAGUUGGCAUUCAGUUACAGCAGGAUUCUUUCAACAGAAGUUUCAUUGACCUCGUCUGCCAAGCAAACGGUUAUGCUGCUGAUCCAAGAACGUAUAAAUGCAUGGAAUGUGCAAGCGGUACCAUGGAGGUUAAUGGUCAAUGCAAACCCUGCCCGCAAGGCACUUUUCAGCUAAGGGCUGGGCAAACUAACUGUGAACGCUGCCCAAGUGAUUCUGUGAAAUUUUUCAGAGGGAAUGUUCCAGCCACUUGUGGAGGCUAGGACGAUAAUCACAAGAGGAAUCGGAAAAUUUGUGUUCACCUCAGCAUUGUACCAUAAGAUCCAGAGUACUUCUGCUGGUGACGAUGACAAUGUAUUCUCGAUUACUUUCUUUUAAAUAUGAGUUCCUAAUUAAAGCAAAUUUUUAUAAUUAUGUUUUACUAAUAAGAAAUAUUUUCUUUUUAAUUUGUAACAUUGGUUUGUGUUUAUUAGUACAUUUAUAAAAAUUUUUAACAUUCCUUGGCUCAAAUUGCUUAUUUAAUAGCGAACAAAAUUUUCUAUUAACGUUUUUUGUGAUUUUUUAUUUACAAAAUGCCUAGUUUAUGCCUUUAGUUAAGAGAGAUAUUUCUUAUUUCAUACUUUGAUUUCAUUUUAAAAGUAUGUAUUAAAAUAUAUCUUUCUCACAUGAGUAUAUAUGACCGUGAUGACUUUGUGUAGCUUAGCUAGCUAAAGGCUUCUAAAGCUAAAGGCUAAAUAAAGCUUCAAACAAAUAUUUCAGACAAAUUUUUGAAAACAGUUUUGUUACAUUUAUUAAAUUUUAUGCAUAGCUUGUAUAAAUUCUUUUUUUAAUAUGUUCAAAAAUAAUUCAAAUUUUGACAAUAUCAUAUAAUUUGCAAAUAGAAAUGCAUUAUGUUCGUUAAUGUUGUUUUAUACCAAGCCAUUUUUAACGUCUUUAGUUUGACUGAAUACUCAGCUGAAUUAUACCUCACUGUAUUUAUUCAAACAUCAUCACUUUUUUUCAUUAUGAUUUGAGAAUAAAAUGAUGAAGUCAUUCACUGUGUGUUGCUAUAUAAAUUGUGAAAACUGGUAAAUAAAAUAUUCAUGUUUU